AAAUUUCUAAAAUUCUAAAAUAACAAGACACAAACCAUAAACAAAAGACAUAGAAGAUUGAACAACUGAACCAGAUUGAAACAGAAACAAAGCAAGGAAUCAAACAUAAUCCUAAAUUCAAUGUAAUGUCGUAAAUGCUAAUGUAGCAACCAACAAAGAAACCGAUCCUGUCACUGUCUCUCUUUCUGACUGUGUGUCCAUUCCGGCCAACAUGGCCGCCACCACGACGACCACCACCACCGCCACCUUCUCCUUCUUCCUCCUCUUCAUUGCCCUUUUCAAAACCCUAACCCUAAAUCCCUCUUUUCCUCCACCACCACCACCACCUCCAAAUUACAUCAUCGGAUUCACCCAAUACAAAACCGCCGAUCACCACCGUGCUUACCUUGAAUCCAACCUCCGAUCAAAAGGGUGGCAUUGGAUCGUGCGGAAUAAUCCUGCAGCUAAGUUCCCCACCGAUUUUGGCCUCGUUUCGGUUCAUGAAUUGGGGCUUAUUGACGAAAUUAAGAAAUUAGGGUUGGUGAAGUAUGUGAGUUUGGAUGUGAGCUAUAAGAGGGGUUUGUUGAAGCAUGAGAGUGAUAAAGUUGGUUCCUUUGUUAAUGGGAAUAAGCGCCCAGGGAAGAUCUUCACAAAGAUGUCCUUUUGUGAUGCAGAUGAACAUGUAGAAGAUUCUAUCCAUCGCAAUGGUUCACUCAAGUGGGGUAGAGAUUUGUUGAGCCAGAGAUCGCAAGUUACUUCCAUGUUUGGGGCGGAAGAACUAUGGACGAGAGGCCACACUGGUGCAAAGGUCAAGAUGGCCAUAUUUGAUACAGGCAUUCGAGCUGAUCACCCUCACUUCCGUAACAUCAAGGAGCGUACAAAUUGGACCAAUGAGGAUACAUUGAAUGACAAUCUUGGACAUGGGACUUUUGUUGCCGGUGUUGUUGCCGGUAUGGACUCCGAGUGCCUUGGUUUUGCACCAGAUACAGAGAUUUAUGCAUUUCGUGUGUUCACUGAUGCACAGGUGUCAUAUACCUCUUGGUUCCUUGAUGCCUUUAACUAUGCAAUUGCAACCGAUAUGGAUGUGCUCAAUUUAAGUAUAGGUGGACCUGAUUACUUGGAUCACCCAUUUGUGGAAAAGAUAUGGGAGAUAACAGCCAAUAACAUAAUCAUGGUUUCUGCAAUUGGAAACGACGGACCACUUUAUGGAACUUUGAAUAAUCCAGCAGAUCAAAGUGAUGUGAUUGGUGUUGGAGGUAUUGACUAUAGUGACCAUAUAGCCUCCUUUUCCUCGCGUGGCAUGAGUACAUGGGAACUUCCUCACGGUUACGGCCGUGUUAAACCAGAUGUUGUUGCAUAUGGACGGGACAUAAUGGGAUCAAAGAUUAGUUCGGGCUGUAAAAGUUUAUCAGGAACCAGUGUUGCAAGUCCUGUAGUUGCUGGUGUUGUAUGUUUGCUUGUCAGUGUCAUUCCUGAACCCGAUCGCAAAAAUAUCUUAAACCCAGCAAGCAUGAAACAAGCAUUGGUCGAGGGUGCUGCGAAGCUUGCUGGGCCUAACAUGUACGAGCAGGGCGCUGGCAGAGUUGAUCUGUUAGAAUCAUAUGAGAUUCUUAAGAGCUACAAACCUAGAGCAAGCAUUUUUCCCAGUGUUCUUGAUUACACGGAUUGUCCUUAUGCAUGGCCCUUUUGUCGCCAGCCACUCUAUGCAGGUGCCAUGCCUGUCAUCUUCAAUGCCAGCAUUUUAAAUGGAAUGGGGGUUAUUGGCUACGUCGAAAGUCCACCAAUAUGGCAUCCUUUUAAAGAAGUAGGGAAUCUUUUAAGCCUUCAUUUUACAUAUUCUGAAGUCAUCUGGCCUUGGACUGGUUAUUUGGCUAUUCAUAUGCAAAUCAAGGAAGAAGGUGCACAAUUUUCUGGUAACAUUGAAGGUAAUGUGACUCUUAGGGUUUCCAGCCCGCCAGCUCAAGGCGAGAAGCACCCUCGAAUAAGCACUUGUGUACUUCAAUUGAAGUUAAAAGUGGUGCCAACACCGCCACGAGCAAAACGAAUUUUGUGGGAUCAGUUUCACAAUAUCAAAUACCCCCCAGGUUACAUUCCCAGAGAUUCUUUGGAUGUUCGUAAUGACAUUCUUGACUGGCAUGGGGAUCAUCUACAUACAAAUUUUCAUAUAAUGUACAACAUGUUACGAGAUGCUGGUUACUAUAUUGAAACACUCGGUUCUCCUCUUACGUGCUUUGAUGCUCGACAGUAUGGAACACUUCUUUUAGUGGAUCUUGAAGAAGAGUACUUUGCCGAGGAGAUUGAAAAGUUGAGAGACGAUGUUAUAAAUACUGGAUUGGGAUUAGCUGUCUUUGCUGAGUGGUACAAUGUAGAUACCAUGGUAAAGAUGAGAUUCUUUGAUGAUAAUACCCGGAGUUGGUGGACCCCUGUCACUGGAGGUGCUAAUAAUCCUGCCCUUAAUGAUCUUUUGGCUCCAUUUGGAAUUGCCUUUGGAGAUAAGAUUCUGAGCGGUGAUUUUUCACUUUUCGGUGAGGAGAAUCGAUACGCAUCUGGAACAGACAUAGUAAGGUUUCCAAGGGGUGGUUAUGUACAUAGCUUCCCUUUCUCGGAUAGUUCAGAAAGUGGAGCCACUCAGAAUGUGUUGCUUACUUCUAGCACCACCAAGGCCGAUUCUCCAAUUCUUGGUCUUACAGUGAUGGGGGAAGGUCGCAUUGGCGUGUAUGGUGACUCCAACUGUUUAGACAGCAGCCAUAUGGUGACCAACUGUUUUACGCUUCUGAGGAAAAUGUUAGAUUUUACCAGUGAGAAUGUUAGAGAUCCAGUGCUUUUCUCUAGUUCAAACAAACAAGACGCUCCCUUGUAUGAAGACGACAAUCAGUUACCGUCUCGCAGAACCGAUGUAAAUUUUUCAUCAUAUUCAGCUGUUGUGGGGAAGGAAUUGUUCUGCAGGACCGACUCAAGGUUCGAAAUAUGGGGAACCAAGGGCUACAGUUUGCAAGUCAGAGGAAGAAACAGAAGAUUGCCAGGUUAUCCUGUCAUUGAUCUAGGCAAUGGUUUCAAUUCAACCUUUGACGCUUCUUACCUUACGCGAAAGGUAAAUUUGAGAACUAAGGAUGACUCUCUUGGGAAUAGAUAUUUGGGCCUAUUCUAUGGAGAUGAGCCUGAUGCACCUAUGCUAGUUGGUACUCACUGGCUUAUUCCUGCUGUUGUUGCAGUAACUGGUAUUAUAGCAUUGAGUUUUUGGCGCAUUCGGCAAAAGAGACGUCGAAGAAGGAAAGGAUCAUCAAGCACUGGUAGACUGACCAAUUUAUAGUCCAAAUCAACAUUAAUGUAAUUAUAGAUCCUUGCCUCCAAAGAAAUCCCCCUGUAGCAUUAGCAUAGUUACAAAUUUGUUGUUUCAUCAGCAUCACUGUAGGAAGUUAGCCAAAUAAGUUGCCUUUUUUGUUUACCUUACCUAUAGAGAUGUAACAUUUUUGCUGUCAUGGAUGCUUUUGAAAGGCACAAAUUUUCUGAUGAUGAAAUAAUGUAUUCUCAAAUGUUAAUUGGUAAAUCAAGGUUUGUAAGUGCUAAUGAAGUAGUUUAUUUUCAGUUAAGAAAAUGAUUGCAGUAACUGUGAAUUCAGGCAAUAUAGUUUAGAAUAAGUUUGCAAAUGAAAAUGUAAGUGUGGGAUCCGUAAGACUCGACCUCAUUUGGUUAUUGUGUUCCUCAAGACACUCAAAAUGUCUGUUAGGCCAGUGUAACCAUUUUGACCACCGCUAGUCGCCAUUUCUUUUGGAAUUGGUAUUAGGUCCAAUGACAAGAAUAAUUCAAGGGGCCAUACCACCGUUCAUUAUUGGGUGAGGGCGACCAAAUUAAAGUCAUAACAAAAUUUUAGGGGUUGCUCUUCCUACUCUAAGUGGGGAAGAGAUACCAUAUAAAAAUUCAAAGUUGUACUUUAUUGAUUCAGAGGGAUACUUUUGUAUGUAUUCUAUAUACACCCACAUUCUUUCGGAAGGGAG